UCUGAUUUGACUGCUCUUGCUUUGUGUAUAAUAAUAGAUCCUCAACAGCUGAAAAACCAAAUACCGAAUACUUCUUUAUUCGAUGUUUAUCUGUAUAGCUCUUUAAUUAAAAUUCGUAAAAAUUGUAGAUAAAAAUUUCCUCAGUAUUGAGUUUCGCUGUAGGAGUCUUCCAAAUACCAUUGACAACCAAGGGAUAAAAAGAAAAACAACAGUGUCCUAGCAGGGUUGAGUGAUGAUUUCGUGCAAUUGUCUAAACAUUGUCAUCGACUUUGUCAAACAUGAUAAGGUCACAACGGAAGCCCUGGAACUCAGUAAGCUGGACAAAGCUGACAUAUUUUUCAAUCAUGACCAAUGGUAUCUAGGAAAACUGCUCAACGUCAUCAAAGUCCACCCUGGACUGAUUCGAACUCGAUCAGUAGGUUUAUGGAAUAUUACCUACUGCUUAAACUGUGACGUACAAACACAUGCCAUUCAUAAGGAGAAAGGAGCUACUUAUGUGCUUGUUCAUACUAAACUCUUGAAUGAAGAGGCUAUUAAUAACCUCAAAUCAAGCGACUUGGUGUCUACCAUCUACAAUAUAGUUGUUAACCCCAAUGCUAUUGGACUUGACAAUUCAAUUCCAGUUACAUAUCACAACAAACGGGUUGACAAGUGCCUUAAAGAUCUUAAUGAUAUUGUAACGGAAUGUAUCAGGAAGGAACAAGUCGCUGUAGAAGAAAGAAUCAAAAAGUAUAGUGACGAACAGUACGAGCUUUUAAAUAUCCUCAAGGAUAAAGCCUAUAAGGAACGUGAAGCUUUAGUUAGAGUUGUCCAAAAUGCUGCUAGGGAAAAUGGCACCGAUGAUCUGUCGCCAAAAUCGCCCAAAGCAUUUGGAAAUCUUUCUUCUGUCAGUCGUUUGGAAAAUCCACUCUCACCAAAAAAACCAAAGGGUACCAGCACUAAUCUCGAAAGUGACGAUCUAAGGGAAGAUUUGAUGUUUGACUUUGAAACUGAGGUGUACGAAGAAAGGGGUGAUUCUCGCAACAGUCAUCUGGAUGAUAGUGACAGUGAGGGUGAUUUAGAAGAAGCAGAAGUUUCAGACGUAGUGACCAAUAAUUCUCGUGGUUUAACUAUUCUUCGUGGUAAAUCUACAUCGUCUUCCAACAUUGCCAAGUCGUGCCCCGUUGAUAUUCCGAUAUUUUCGGCAUCCUUCAGGAGCAAAAAUAGUCGUUCUGAGGACGAUGAUGGAGCUGUUGACUUGUCUCCAAAAGGAAAUGAGCAGUUUGACAUGGCCGCUAGUAUCAAGGCACUGGCAAGAAGUGUUCAUGGUGACACUAUAUUUGGUGAACUACCAAGACCAAAGUUCAGCACCCUGAUCUGAUUAAUUUUAGAUUUUGCAGUGUUAUAGGCUUCCUUAUCAAACACAACUGUUGCCUCGGCCUAUAGAUUGGUUCUGGUUAUGUGAACAGUCAAGGGAGUAGAGAGUUCUCAAUUUUUAUUUAUUGCUGCAGCUUUCAAAUUUUUCUAUUAAAUUCUUGCCUACAGUUUUGAUCAUAUGAAUGUCUAGAAUCCAUUUGUCCCAAUGAUAUCUUGUUUAACCAGGAGUUACCUACUCAAAAAAGUGAGUUUAGAACAGGAAAAAAUUUGUAUUAGUGAACAUUAUUCCCUUGAUUGCUGGUAAAUGACUGUUAUUGGCAGUAUACAGAUACGAAUUAUUGCAGCUAAAUAAGUAUUACAUACUUUUUAUUUUUGUAUUAAUUUUUACAUUUUCUGUAUUGCCAAAAUUUAAUUUUCUCUGAUUACUUGUGCCAUGAUUUGAGAUGCUCCCCUGUUUUGUGUUUGUUCAAGUAAACAUUUGUUUCUUUAAUAUUUGUAUUAGUCUAGUUGCUUAUAUUAAGUAAUACAUACUGUAUUUUUAAAUCAAACUUUUUUGUUCUAUGUUGAUGUUAAUAAUUAAUUUUGGAAGCUAAAAAAAUGAUAUGUAAAUAAGUGCUAAUGAAUUAUGAAGACGAACACUGAAACUGAAACGUACAAUUUUUAUAGUUUGUAAUAUUUUAGAAUAAAAAUGUUGAUUGGUUAUAUUUCCAUACUUGGGAUAAACUACCUAUUCUAAUGAA